AUGGCCAUCGACGCGCGGACGAGGUCCGGUGGGGCGGUGCGAACGGCCACCAUUUGGAUGACGCUGUUUCUGCUGCUCCAACACGCUGGCCACGACCCACACCUCACCGCUGUUGCGCAGUUGGUGACUGUCCCCAUUGAGCGUUACUUCAGCCGUCCCAACAGUGAUUUCGCGGCGCAAAUCGGUGCUAUGGUGGAUUUCAGCAACUCUGCGGAAAUAUGCCGUCUGGGUGGAGGAAUCCUAAGCGCCGACCAGACGCCAGCUGCUCAUCGGCAAAUCAUGAGCUAUUUGGGUAAUGUGGAUAUGGGAGGUACGGUUUAUACGUACAUGGGUGGGGAUGCCAUGUACACCAUUAACUGGGAGAAGGACCCAGAAAAAAAGUGUAUUCGCGGCUUGAAUGCGCCCUCCCUGAACUGUCUGUUCCAGUGGAACCUUGGUCGGUUUGCUGACAUGGAGAGGGAUGGUUGGGGUGUUUCGUUUUACCGUGGUUCGGUGUACACCGUUAAAGGUGCUGGACCGGUAAAUGGAUAUCCAGAAUUCUGGCUGCCAGGCUACCCUGUACAUGGCCAACCGUUCUUAAUCAAUAAGCUCUACGGGCCAUCCUCAGACAUCAAAAAGACGUGGUAUGAUGGCUGGGGUAAGGCGCAGGCCAACCGCGAUACUCCUCCUCAUCAAUUUGCUGUGGUGUGUGAGGUUCAAGAGCCGUUUGACUAUAACACAACCUCACUGCCCCCUUCAACCCCUCCUCAAACUACUCAACCUCCCUCGUGGUUUGAAAAGAACUGGUUCGUGAUCAUCCCUAUUGUAGUAGUGCCCUUUAUCAUCGCUCUGUUAAUAAUUAUAUUGUGUUGCUGCGGUUGCUGUUCCCAUGAUGAUGAUGACAAGAUGGUGGUUCCCAUGAUUUUGCGGGAAUACGACAGAUCGUUUUUUUGCGCUGGAGAUGGCAAUGACAACAGAGGAUAUCAAUUCUACGAUGACGUUGUUGUAACAGCACCUAUGAAUGAGUGGAUGCCAACUGACAACAACUGCAACACCAAUGCUGCUCCUCCAGCGGACACCGCACCAUCUGUCGAAGAUAGCACUGUAAUAUCGAAGACUCCGUCUUUCAAAAGGCGGCGAAGUCGUGGCCGCACCUCAUCCAAUGUGUUCGCGGAAAUCAGUAUUCCAAAUGGUGAGGAGAUCAAGGAAGCUGCGAGCGAGGCGACUCUUCAGGACUCAGCAAAGACACGCCGCAGUAGUAUCACCACGUCAGUAAAUGGUGCGAAUGACGAGGCCACGAUAGAUACGUGA